AGCCUUAGCCAGAUCACUGAGAGCCCAGCAAAAAAACAAAAACAAAAUCAGGUUGAGGGCAGAAAGGAAAUCAACAUAGCAACCUCCAAUGCAUGAAGGAAACUCCGUUUACACAAGCUCGUAGGAUCCCCUGCGUGGAAACAGCGGCUUGUCUCUGACUACCCGGAGGACACGGAGCACCCCAAAUAGGAACUUUAGAGGAAUUGAAAUCUGUUGCCUAUUACCGCUAGGAAUACUGUUUGCAAGGCACAAGGUGUCUUUUGGUAGUGAGCGCGCUCUGCGCAUGCGCAGGUCCAUUCGGGAAUUACUGCCCAGCAGCCGACUAAGUUCCAUUCCUUGAAUCUUCGCAGAAAAGACAAUUCUUUAAUCAGAGUUAGUAAUGUGGACAGUACAAAAUCGAGAGAGUUUGGGGCUUCUCUCUUUCCCUGUGAUGAUUACCAUGGUCUGUUGUGCACACAGCACCAAUGAACCCAGCAACAUGUCAUACGUGAAAGAGACAGUGGACAGAUUGCUCAAAGGAUAUGACAUUCGCUUGCGGCCGGACUUCGGAGGGCCCCCCGUGGACGUUGGGAUGCGGAUCGAUGUCGCCAGCAUAGACAUGGUCUCCGAAGUGAAUAUGGAUUAUACACUCACCAUGUAUUUCCAGCAGUCUUGGAAAGACAAAAGGCUUUCUUAUUCUGGAAUCCCACUAAACCUCACCCUAGACAAUAGGGUAGCUGACCAACUCUGGGUACCAGACACCUACUUUCUGAAUGACAAGAAAUCAUUUGUGCAUGGGGUCACAGUGAAAAAUCGAAUGAUUCGACUGCAUCCUGAUGGAACAGUUCUCUAUGGACUCCGAAUCACAACCACAGCUGCAUGUAUGAUGGAUCUUCGAAGAUAUCCACUGGAUGAGCAGAACUGCACCCUGGAGAUUGAAAGUUAUGGCUAUACUACUGAUGACAUAGAGUUUUACUGGAAUGGAGGAGAGGGGGCAGUAACUGGUGUUAAUAAAAUCGAACUUCCUCAAUUUUCAAUUGUUGACUACAAGAUGGUGUCUAAGAAGGUGGAGUUCACAACAGGAGCAUAUCCACGACUGUCACUAAGUUUUCGUCUAAAGAGAAACAUUGGUUACUUCAUUUUGCAAACCUACAUGCCUUCUACACUGAUUACAAUUCUAUCCUGGGUGUCUUUUUGGAUCAACUAUGAUGCAUCUGCAGCCAGAGUCGCACUAGGAAUCACGACAGUGCUUACAAUGACAACCAUCAGCACCCACCUCAGGGAGACCUUGCCAAAGAUCCCUUAUGUCAAAGCGAUUGAUAUUUAUCUGAUGGGUUGCUUUGUGUUUGUGUUCCUGGCUCUGCUGGAGUAUGCCUUUGUAAAUUACAUCUUCUUUGGGAAAGGCCCUCAGAAAAAGGGAGCUAGCAAACAAGACCAGAGUGCCAAUGAGAAGAACAAAUUGGAGAUGAAUAAAGUCCAGGUCGAUGCCCAUGGUAACAUUCUCCUCAGCACCCUGGAAAUCCGGAAUGAGACGAGUGGCUCGGAAGUGCUCACGAGCGUGAGUGACCCCAAGGCCACCAUGUACUCCUAUGACAGCGCCAGCAUCCAGUACCGCAAGCCUCUGAGCAGCCGUGAGGCCUAUGGGCGCACCCUGGACCGGCAUGGGGUGCCCAGCAAGGGGCGCAUCCGCAGGCGCGCCUCCCAGCUCAAAGUCAAGAUCCCCGACUUGACUGACGUGAAUUCCAUAGACAAGUGGUCCCGAAUGUUUUUCCCCAUCACUUUUUCUCUUUUUAAUGUCGUUUAUUGGCUUUACUAUGUACACUGAGGUCUGUUCUAAUGGUUCCAUUUAGACUACUUUCCUCUUCUAUUGUUUUUUAACCUUACAGGUCCCCAACAGCGAUACUGCUGUUUCUUGAGGUAAGAGAUUCAGCCAUCCAAUUGGUUUUAGGUCUUGCAUAUCAGUUUUAUUACUGCACCAUGUUUACUUCAAAAAGACAAAACAAAAAAAAAUAUUUUUUUCCAGUCUACCUUGGUCCAGGUUAUCGGCUCUGUAAGAGCUCUAUUAAUUGCCAUGUUUACAAACAAACAAACAAAAAGAGAGAAGUUAAAUAGGUAGAUCUUUAGCAGUCUUUUCUAGUUGCCCUGAAUUUUACUGAUUUAUUUUUUAGGGAAAAUGAAAAGAGGACCUUGCUGUCCACCUGCGCUACUUCCUGGUAAACUGUAACAAUCUUAUGCUGCCAAAAAAAACCCAAAAAAAACAAACAAAAACAAAAAAACAAAAAACAAACAAAAAACAAAAAAACAAUUUCCAGGAUCUCAGAAGAAAAAAACAAAGCCAUUGAUAAGUUACAGAUUUCCAGGAAGAAGGCAACAGAGAAAGGAGCUUAGAAAGGGAAAGAAGAGUCCCUUCUAUCCUUAAGUUCUCCCGUGUCCGUUGUAAAAGGGCUCCACAGCUCCAUAGAAGAGGAAAGGAAGGGCAAGUGCUAGUCAAGGUUACACAAUCCCAACCUGCCAUCUUCACCGCACCAUUAAGCUGGAUAUUCUGAAACAUGCUUCUUUCUCAGACUUUCCGGCAAAUUUUAAAUUAACAUUAGAAUCCAACCUGGUCGACCUGGUAGCCAUUGAGAACAUUUUUCUUUUCUUCUUGAGAAUAAGGAGGCAAUGGGAGGGAAUGACCAUUUUUCUAACUGGCCAUUUCAAACAUGCAGCCCUGAAUUCAUCUCAUCAGUCUGGAACCCCCUGAUGCUGUGCCAGGAAGCCAUGCCACCCCAGUUCCAUAGUUCCUGCUCCAGAGAGUGUGGGAGGAAGGGGAUGGUGAGCAAUUUUUGCUUGAGAAAAAUAUUGCGCUUGCCAUUAGGAAGGCAAGAUUUAUGUGCUGUGAAAAGGGUGCCUGGGCAGUUAUCUGAACUGCCAAAUCUUAAAUCAAAUAGUAUAUAUUUCUUUGCCUUCUAGAGAGCAGUAUCCAAUGGUGACAGGCUAGUCACACAGGCCUCAGCUGCCACUUUAUGGCUCUGCUCUCUGAGCUCUGCAUUCCAGACUGGAAUUAAUGCUUUGGAAAAUACACAAACACCCAUGUUGGUGUCAUUCCCCUUCAGGACCAGAUUUCCAUUUUAAAGAAAAUCUUGAAAAUAGCAGAACUACAGAUAAAAACAAGAGCAAUGACAAAAGCAGUGGAGCUUCCAACACGUGCACGAGUCCCUAAAGAACAGACCCUGUCUACACUCAUUAAUCACUGUCAUUGCUCCUCUGCCUUAUCUCUGCUUGUGGAUUACUCUUGGCCAUGGUUCUCAUAGAAGGGGCAUCCUUCAGUAGCCCAACAUAAUUCUAAACAUGUCCAACCAGCUACAGUUGAGAUUCUUCCCAUGUUAUGUCAUUGAAACCUUGUCCUUUUAUUUUUCAGCCUUAAUAUCUAAGAAUUCUGUGUGUUCAUUUGCAAGACUGAAUGAAACUGUAAGCUAACCAAACGGUGAUGCAGGAGGUUUGGGACCUGACCCAUGAGUGUGAAAUAAGGGUUGAGGCAGCAAUAGGGACAAUGGCCUGGCUUAAUGAUCUAACUUUUUCCCUAAGACUGUGAUGAGGGUCCAUGUUUAAAAUAGCAUCAGCUUCUGGAAGUUACAGACUUCACUGGACAGAUGAUGCUGAAUUUUUACUGAUGAGCUGAAGGGGAGAAAGUAAAGAUAUUCUUUUAGAAAGCAAGAGGAAAAGGGAACCUCAAAAUAAAUGAUAGUUAAGGCUAAAGAUAAUAUAUGUACAAAAACUCUGCUUUAACUAGAAAAAAUGAUCUCAAUGGUUUCAUGAGAAAAUAGUGGGGUUAUAGGGACCAUAUUUUUAUUUAGAUUUUUAGUUGUAUUAUCACGCUUUCCUGGUCAAGGAAAUCCCCAGCCUUAGGGCAUGAAGUCAUCCAUUUUGAAACUCUUUAGUCCCUUGGCAGGGUGAGAUGCUUUGCCAUCAUAAAAUGGCCAAAUAGAGUGGCAUGUGGCCACGUCAGUGAUUGUAAGGUUAAUAUUCCGUAAUGACGACAAAGGAACCACUGUGCAGCCAUUUAUUUUAAACACAGGAAGGAAAAUUGUUAGCUGAUGCCUAAUAAAAAUGAAUCAUUCUGGGUGUCAAAGCUCUUUUAAAAGCUUUUAAGAAUGAAAUGCUAAAUCAGAAAGGAAGUAUCUGUAAUCUAUGUUCCUUAACAAACAAUUUAUUUUAUCUAUUUAGAUUAUUCUUCUUGGGAAAGAUUGAGAAUAUUUGUAUUUUUAUUAUAUUUUUAUCUUGCCUUUAAAAAUCUAACGAUUUUGAUGCUGUAGUUUUAGAUGUAAAGCAUCUUCGAGAAAAAAAGAGAACAUUUUGAAUUCAUAUCUUAACCUUUGUAAAAUGUAAACUUAUUAAGCCUGAAUCUACCCAUCAGGCACAAAAUGGCGUCACCAUAUGCCCUCCUGGUCAGUAGAGGGGCCACAGUCAGCAUUAUGCAAAUCCUGUUAAAUAGCUGAUUUUAGACGCAAUGGCAGCCAGAAGAAUGGAGAAGCUGCUAAUAUUUACGGUUAAAGACCUCUGUCCCCACUUCUUUCUGGACACCUCUAGGCCAAAGUCUUCCCUCCUUGGCUCCACUCCUAGCCAAAUCCUCCCCUUUCAGGCUGAACAGUGAAUAGGAAAAAAA